AUGGGCAUCGAAAUCAGUCCCGGCAUACCCCCUCCGCUCGAUCUGUCGCCGAAUCCCCCGGCUGCGCCACCCAUGUCCUCUGCUGCGCCGCCUCCUGCUCCGCAGCUGCCGCCUCCUCCUGCGCCUCCCCCUGGCGCUCCGUUCCCUCCGCACGCCGGUCCUCCGACUGUGUGGGGAUUUGCUCCCGGCGGACAGGCCCAGUUUCAUCCCAUCUAUAACGGUGGUCUUCCACCUCUCCUUCCUGGCCUGCAGCAGCUCCACGAAGCUCAUCUCCCACAGCAUCCUGCGCCGCCUCCUGGGCCUCCGGUUCCUGCCCCCCAACUCCCCGGGUUUGAGUAUGCCUCCGGGCGGGCUCCGUAUCACCCGCCCCUAGGUGCUGGCCCCAUGGCUGCAGCUCCACUUGCGGUGGCGGGAGCCGCAGAGGGGAUGGAUCUUGAUGCUGGUGAGUCGUCCGCCGCGCCGAUGCCUCGGGACAUCCGCCCUCCGCGUCGUCGGUCCGUUGGGGUCCACCUGAGCUCCCGCGUGAUCGUGGAGCAGAUUCGGGCGCGGACCUGUGCCCCUCCUCGCGCGUUGCGGCUGUCAAGUGAGGUGCUUGUGCGACUGUGGCACGGGCGGGCGUUUGUUGAAGUGGUGACGAACGUUCUUGAGGCUGCGUUGGGGGCGAUGGAGGACUGUCCCACUGCACAUUGUAGGAUGGAUGCUGAUCGGACUGAACGGUGCCAGCUUGCCGUGCGGGACCUAGUACACGAGCUGGAGCGGACGUUGGUUGGGCCCGGUGGGGAGUUGGGCUUGGGCGCUGGUGAGGCAUGCGUCCUCGAAGAGGUGGGGAUGAAGGUGCAGUUGGCAUCAGCUGUAGCUGUUGUAGACGGCUGCGUGUCCGCGCUCCGCCUGGUGGAUAAGGUUGUCGCCAGCGUGCUUCAGUUUGCGGGCGUGACGGAGUUUGUGUAG